GUUCCAGCUCCAGGGCAGUAAUUAUGUCGGCAAGACAGAAGAAAAGCGAGUAGUAAUGGUAAUGCUUGUUUAACCUUCUCCCUGCUGCCCAACUCUAUAGCCAGUACAAAUCUGAUGCCAAAAGGUUACCUCAGCAGGGAAAAAGUUAACAACUUGUUUGACCAGCCCAUGUGUACGUGCAGGACGUGCAGUCUGUCACCAGUCUCAGUGUCUGCUUACAGGUACAGUUUUCCUUCUUUGUCACAGAAAUGUUUCCGUAGUCUUCUAAAGUCUGAUUUUCUUUUUGGUGGGAUUUCAUGUACAUGUUAAACACUGGCUAUUUGCUUUGUUAUUUGCCUGGUUAUUUCCAGGCUCAUGUAAUUCUGUCUUAAAAUGCUCAGAGGAGUGAGGAUACAGCCAAUGUUGGCAUAAUUGUAAGAUGAUAAAGUGUACAGGUAAGAUCAACUCGAAGUUACCAGCUUUUAUUUAUUUUUUAUUGCAAUGCUAAAACAUAAAAUAAAUCUACUAAAUAAAAUGCAAAAUCGUAGCCCUCAAGGUACGUGCACUUCAAAUAUCCAAGUGUUCAUGACACUGAAGCAGACCUUUUCCUCAUGUAGCAUUAGCAAUCUUAGGGCAUGUGGUGGAACUAUUAGAGUUCAUGUUAGACUGGAAUGGUCUAAUUAUAGGAGUAAUGCCCAAAUUACAUGAAUUAGUCAAUGUAAACACAGGAAAGUCUGUACUCAAAACAUAACUGAUUCACUGCAACUAUGACAUCUAAUGUUAACAUUAUUCUGGAUAACACUACAAUUUCAUGCAUGGUAAAAAUUCUGUCUUUGUUCUUGCUAUAAAUUUUGAAGCAGGAUCUACAGCGUAAACAACUACAAUAUGGACUUGAAAAAGUUUGCAGGUAUGAUGCCAGAAACCUUGCCAGAUCGAUCAGAGCUUUCACUCCUCCCUGAACAGAUAUUGGGAGUGACUCUGCUGCAUGUGGCUGCCUUUAAUGGCCAACAGAAAGCAGUAGAAGGACUGCUGAAAGGUAGCACCUCUGUGGACAUCAGGGAUCAGGAGAUGAUGACACCUUUGCAUUGGGCUGCCAUCGGGGGCCAUCCGCAGAUCUGUGAAGCCUUCAUCAAGCAUGGAGCAGAGGUCAAUGCCAAGGACCAGCAUGAGAAGACACCUCUGCAGUGGGCUGUGGAGCUGAACCAUUCAGAAGUCUGUGAGAUUCUGCAGCAGAAUGGCGCACAGGGAUAAACUCUAUUUAUCAUCAGAACCACCAGGUCCUUAUUGUAGGAUGCAAAAUCUUUCAGAUCUACAUGAUGAUAAUCCUGCACAACUAAAAAUGCUUUGCAUGUUUGUUAGAUUUUAGUUCAAGUUUCUCUUAUUUCUUCACAGCUUGACAUACAGUAUCACUGUUCAAGAUGUACUUCAAAUAUUUUUACUGAAGACAUGAUACUGGUCAUACUGUUUUUAAUUGCUGGUUUAAGAGAGACAAAAUGGUGGUAGUUCUUGCAUCACCAGUUCUUGCAUAACCAAUUUUUAAAAAAGCUGUCAAAACCAAGAUUUCCUUGUUCUUCUGCAUUACUUGAAAUGUAUUAUUGUUAUCAUUCUUUAUCAAGAAUUUCCUGAAAACAUGUCCUUUCUUCAAACAUGA